AUGGAACAGAAAUACGGCACACAGAGAACACAUGGAACAGAAAUACGGCACACAGAGAACACAUGGAACAGAAAUACGGCACAGAGAACACAUGGAACAGAAAUACGGUACACAGAGAACACAUGGAACAGAAAUACGGCACACAGAGAACACAUGAAACAGAAAUACGGUACACAGAGAACACAUGAAACAGAAAUACGGCACACAGAGAACACAUGGAACAGAAAUACGGUACACAGAGAACACAUGGAACAGAAAUACGGCACACAGAGAACACAUGAAACAGAAAUACGGCACACAGAGAACACAUGGAACAGAAAUAGGAUGAUACACAGAGAACACAUGGAACAGAAAUACGGCACACAGAGAACACAUGAAACAGAAAUACGGCACACAGAGAACACAUGGAACAGAAAUACGGCACACAGAGAACACAUGGAACAGAAAUACGGCACACAGAGAACACAUGAAACAGAAAUACGGCACACAGAGAACACAUGGAACAGAAAUACGGCACACAGAGAACACAUGGAACAGAAAUAG